AUGAUCAAGCGAGGCGGGCCGCCUCUGAUCAUUAGGGGGCCUUUUGAUGGUGCCGUGUUCUCGGGGUCCCGGGAACAAUGGGCCCAUUCAGCCAAGGGAAACAAGCCGGCUUCCUUUGGCGAGGCAGUUGGGCAAAUCCUCGGAGAGGUGCUCCCCAAAUUCUCCCAGGCUAUGAAUUCCCUGCCAUUGCUCCUGCUGCUGGCCUGCCUGGUGGAGUGGGCAGCUGCCGGGCUACUGGGCAAGGAGCCGUACCCCAUGCCGCCGAGCGUCUUGCAAGCAUUAUCCAACCGGGGCACGCUGGUGCUGGAGGCCGCCAUGAAGAGCGCCCUGCUGGCCCUGGAGCGUGCGCUGGCCGAGCAUUCGCGGCAGCUGCAGGAAUGCGAGGACUGCGUGCCCUGCCUCUUCGUGGACUGCGGCAACCAGACCAGGGAGUGCACCCCCCCCGAGUCCCCAUCCGGCUCCCUGCCCAACUGUGAAGCUGUAUUGCAAGCCCAGGCGAUCCCAGAGCAGCCGGCAAGGGACUGGGCCCUCAGCAAACUCUGUGCUACCUACCGGCAUCUGUGUUCGGGCCAAGAACGGGGUCCAGACGGCUGCCUACGCCUUAUGGCCGAACACUGUCAGCUUCGCCUCCAGGAAUGCCGGCUGGAAAGCGACAUGGACUAUUUGAACACGGUGGCCGACCAGUCCGUGCCAGGGUCGUGCGGGCGCCGUGGAGUGCCAACCCCCAAUGCGACGAUGGCAAAGGGGAAGAUCGUGGGCGGCCGCAGAGCCUGGCACGGGGCUUGGCCCUGGCUGGUGUCGGUUCGGCUCAACGGGGAGCUGAUGUGCGGCGGGGUGCUGGUGGGGGAAGUCUGGGUCCUCACGGCGGCCCACUGCUUCUCCGGAAGCAGAAACGAGUUGGCGUGGUCGGUGGUUCUGGGCGACUACGACCUGACAAAGCCGGACGAAGGUGAGCGGACGGUGCCUGUCAGUCGCAUCCUCUCCCAUCCCAAGUUCAACCCCAAGACCUUCCACAACGACGUUGCUCUGCUGCAGCUGAGUACCCCCAUGACCCCCUCCGCCUGGGUGACCCCGGUGUGCCUGCCCGAGAGACCUGUGGACCUGGGAGCCGGGACACUGUGCUAUAUUGUUGGCUGGGGCUCGGUUUAUGAAGAUGGGCCAGCAGCUGACGUAGUGAUGGAGGCCCGGGUCCCUGUGUUGGCCCAAGACGUCUGUCGUGGCACCCUAGGGCGCCAGCUCUUCACCAAUGCCAUGUUCUGUGCUGGGUACCUUUCUGGGGGCAUUGACUCUUGUCAGGGAGACUCUGGAGGCCCCCUGACUUGCUGGGACCCUCUGUCAGAGCGAUACAUGCUCUACGGGAUCACCUCCUGGGGCGACGGCUGUGGGGAGCGAGGGAAGCCCGGGGUCUACACCCGCAUCACGGCCUUCACAGACUGGAUCCAUCAGCAGAUACAGAAUUUGCCACCCAGCUGGGAGCCCACCUGCUUCGAGUUGCUCGCUCUCGCCCGGAUGCCCCGGGAAAAGCAGUGGGCGGAACUCAGCCGCCUCUGUGCCUUCUAUGCGCAGCCUUGCCCGUCUUCUGCCAACCCGGCGGUUUGCGCCCGCGCUGUGGAAGAGAAGUGCAAGAUGAAGAAGCAGCAGUGUGAGCUGCGCUCCUACGCCCAGACCUUGCUGGAGUUCUUGCGUCGGGCCGAGGAGUUUUUCCGGACUCAGGUCGACGUCUCGUUCUUCACACACUCCCUCCCGCAAUUCAUGGAGCAAAUCUAUCGCCAUCUCUUUCCUGCUCGGGUGCGCCGGGAAUCCACAGAGCAGGGUUCAGACCCAGAGCUGGUCAUUGCUGAAGGAGAAGAACAUGGCAGGAAAAUGCAGGAAAGAGAAGACCAGACUUCCCGUAGGAGGACCCCCCGCUCCACACAUCCCUCCUUUGCCUCGUUGUUCCAGGGGACGGGGCCCAGUUUGGGCGACUGGGUCCAAGCGCUGACCGCCAUGGCCGAGGGUUCCAGAACGGGAUCGAGUGGGGAGGAGCAGCUUUUCUUGCAGCCGGCUGAAGGCGAGCUGGAGGAUCUCCAGGCCCAGGGUUGGCUCUUUAUUCAGCAGCUGCGGCGAGAGCUGAGCCCGGAGGGUGCCUUUCCAGAUGUGGAACCGGAGCAGGGAGCGGCCGGCGCAUCUCCUGCGCCCAAUGAGUCUCUGGCAACUGAGGCCCAGCACCAGCGAGAGAAACGCAGUUUUAGGACCGGUCCAGAGGGUGAAAAGGAUCGUAGAUUUCCCAAAGGAUCCAACUGCCCGGGUGUGAAUGAAUCUGCCCAGCAGGUCCAGUCUGUGCGGGAGCUGUACCGCUGGAUUCUGCAAGUGCCGGAAAGGGACCUGGCUAUGACUUACCAAGAGAUCCUCGUGGACGUGGACUCCAGAAACAGCAAGGGCCUCUACCGGGCCCGGGUCCGAGCCACAGUCGGAGGCAAAGCCGUGACCUUCACUGGGCUUGUCGGCCUGGCCAAUGACUCGCUGUACCGCAGCAUGCCGGGCCUCGUGGCCCUGGCCCUGGAAAGCCUGAAGACGUAG